GCAUAUAUAAACUUCCAAAUAAAGAUUUAAGUAUCACAAUAACACCAAUCAAAAACCCCCAAUGUCCAAGUCCUCCCCCAAAUCGACGGCCGCCGUCAUCCGCCCCCACGAAUUCUCCGACAGCCCCAUCCACUAUGCCGUCGCCACCGCCGACCAUUUCGCCCUCACUAAACUCCUCUCCACCCUCCCCAAACUCCCCGAUCCCACUCUGAUCAAAACCGAAUCCGAAUCCCUCGCCCACGAGCAAAUCGCCGACCGAAUCUCCGCCGCCCUCGACGGCCGCGAAAACCGCCUCCGCGAGACCCCGCUCCACAUCGCCGUCCGCCUCAACGACGCCGUCGCCGCCCGCGCGCUCGCCGCCGCCGGUGCCAACAUCUCCCUCCAGAACGCCGCCGGAUGGAAUCCGCUCCAGGAGGCGCUCCUCCGCCGCCGCCCGGAGAUCGUCGCGCCGCUGGUCCAGCACCACCACCGCGCCGCCUGGUGCAAGUGGCGGCGCCGCCUGCCGCGCCUCGUGGCGGCGCUGCGGCGGAUGAGGGACUUCUACAUGGAGAUCUCGUUUCAUUUCGAGAGCUCGAUUGUGCCGUUCGUUGGCAAAAUCGCUCCCUCUGAUACUUACAAAAUCUGGAAGCGCGAUGGUAAUCUACGCGCCGACACUUCCCUCGCCGGCUACGACGGACUCAAAAUCCAGCGCGCGAAUCAGAGCUUUCUCUUCCUAAACGACUUCAAUUGCGGUAACGGUAACGGAAUUGACGUUCCGGAGGGAUCUCUCCUGAUCCUCAACCACGACGAGAGGAAAAUCUACGAUGCGUUUGAGAAUGCGGGGAAUCCGUUAUCCGACGCCGAGGUUUCCAAUUUCUGCAAUCAGACGAGCGUUUAUCGGCCGGGGAUGGACGUGACGAAGGCGGAAUUGAUCGGCCGUACGAAUUGGAGGCGGCAGGAGAAGACGGAGAGCGUCGGGGAAUGGAAAGCUAGGGUUUACGAAAUGCACAAUGUGAUGUUCACUUUCCGCUCGCGGAAAGUGAACGCGGCGGAGCGCAGAGACGAUCCGUUCUCGCCGACGUGCGUGCUGCCGCUGGAGAUCGACGACGAGUCGGACGAAGGCUUCAUCGUCGCUGAGAAUCCGCGAUUCAGCGACGGAAGCAGAAAUCAGCGGCGGCACAGCAGCUUCGUCAGGGAGGAUCGGGAAUUCGUGACGGUGUCGAGGAAGAGCGUGGAUAUAAUCCCGAUCGAUUCGAGGAGAUCGAAGCCGCCGCCGCACGGUGAGAGAUUAGCGGCGGCGCCGGCGACGAAGGAGAAGGAGUAUGCGAAGAGUCUCCGGCCGACGGUGUGGCUAACGGAGCAGUUUCCGUUGAAGACGGAGGAGUUACUUCCGUUACUUGAUAUCCUAGUGAAUAAAGUGAAGGCCGUUAGACGCAUGCGGGAGAUUCUGACGACGACGUUUCCCUCCGGUACAUUUCCCGUAAAGGUUGCGAUUCCUGUGGUUCCUACAGUAAGAGUGGUGAUAACAUUCACCAAAUUUGUGGAGCUGCAGCCGGCUGAUGAUUUCUUCACUCCGCUCUCAAGCCCGGGGCAGUUUGCUAGCGACAACGGGAGCGGCUACUUCUCGUUGUCGUCGUCGUGGCUGAGGGGUGGAUCCGCCCGUCACCAGACGUGCGGGGGUAGCCUCCCGCAAGAUCCUUUUGCGAUUCCCAGUGGAUAUAGUUUGAGUAGUUUUGACGAAAAGAGUAGGAAAUUGAGCAAGUCCAAGUCGACGAGGAAAACAAAGUGAAUCAAUUUAUUUAUGGCUUUUAAUUGUAGUAAUUUAGAUGACAGGAAAUAUUUUUAUUUGUAUUAUACUUCAAUUUUGUGUUGA